ACUAGAUUGUCUGUCAGUGUGUUGUCGAAGGAAGCGAGAGUGAACGUUUGCUAGCUAACAAGUGUUGGGUCUAAACGGCCAUUUGGAAACAGUUAACAUGUAAUUAAUGUUAACUAAGCUGUUUUUUAAAAUUCAUUUUAUAAGCUACAAGAUUGACUUUAUUAAUUACAAAUGGCACAAGGCGUACAUUCGGGACAGAGAGGAUUUUUGGACUUCAGUCCAACAAGGAGAGACUACAAAGACAAAGAGAACGAUGUUCCUGUCCUGAGUUUGAUCCAGUUUUCAAAGGCUCCUUUCGUAACCUUUGGGUCGGUUAAGCUGGGUACCUCCAAGUCGGCUGUUCUGAGGAUUGAGAACCCUACAGAGUAUGCUGCAGCGGAGGUUUCUGUUGAUAAGAUCCCCUCAAGUAAAGGCUUUUCAGUGGACUGCAGCACGUUCAAAAUCCAGCCUGGGGGCUCGUUCACUCUGGUGGUGACCUGGACGCCAACCGAAGAAGGUGGGAUCAGAGAGCUAAUCGUCUUAAAUGCCAGUGGUGUCCUCAAACACCAGGCUGUCCUGCUGGGGAGAGCAGAGGCACCAAAAAGGAAAAAGAAGACCUUAUGGGACACAAUCAAAAGCAAGAGAGAGGGUGAAAAAAUGACAACACUCAGAAGGAAGGUCGAGCACCCCCCUCUCAAGAUGGCUGCCAAUAAAACCUUCCAAGUGUCUCGAAAUCCACAGUACAAACGGGACAAGCCACGCAGCCCGCUCGCUUCACUUAACGAGGGCAAAGGUGCCAUAGAGAGGUCCCUAACCAAGCACAGCCCCGCUGGGGAUCGCUGCCUGAAAUCAGACAAGCAGAAAGCCUUAAAUCUGAGCCAGGAGCAACAGUCUCUGGUCUUGCCAGAAAAGGAGAACGUCCAACAACUUAAUAGGAACUCUCCGCUGGUUUUGCUUGUCCCGGCUGCACAGGUGGUAGACUCUGGUAGCAUGUCCGCGAGCCCAGAUGUCCUUGCAGGAAAACCUGAAAACAAAGAUCUUACCAAAAUCCUCAACAGGACGCUGUCGCCAAUUGGGACGCCAGAGAGGUUUAAGAAGCUCAUGCCUUGGAUUGAGUCAGAAAUCCCACUCCCUGCUACUGCAAAGUCUGCAGCUGCUGCUGCUGACAGUGAGUUACCUAGAAGCCCCCUCCCGUCUUUGAAAGAGGCCCUGUUUCUCAUCGACUCUGAUCUGAUCGAUGUUAACCCCAGCCCUCCAGAUAAUAAUUCGAGCUGUAACUUUUCAGAUUCGCUCGAAUCUAACAGUGAAAAACACGGCUGUCGACCUGACACAGAUGUCCUCAAAGCGUCAUCUGGUAGCCCUGAGCUGUCAGAGUCCAGCGAGCCCAGACUUACUUUCUUUGUCAGCAAAAAAGCAGAGAAAGUGAGAGAGCUGUGUGUUUCGGAGGCUGAUAAACUUCCUGAAGGGACAAAAAAAGGUUCUUUCACCUCUGCCACAGUGACAAAGGGUAAGGCACCGGUGGAGGCAAAUGGUUCGAGUGGAAGGAAAAUAAAGAAGUCACGACGAAGGCUCCUGCAGAAAACGCUGGAGCUGUCUGAUGGCAGCUGUCCGUGUGAGUCGGGUCCAGAAAGUCCUAGCCUUCCUGUCAUAGACUCGGACAAAGGAAUCAGCCCGUGUGAUGACAAACCUCAGGUCCCAGAGUUGAUCUUCUCCAGCACCAGCCCGAGGCUCGCUGCCUCACCUGCACCCAUCACCUUCCCUGUCUCCUCCCCUCCACCUGUGGCUCCUUCUCGCUUUUCUUUCUCAGUAACGUCCCCACCUCAUUCAGUCCUUGUUCCUGUUGCUUUUACCGUCGCCUCUCCAACACCUGUGAGCUCAUCUUCUCCUCAUCAUCAUGACCUUUUGUCAAAAUCUAAAGUGUACGAGCAGCCCCUAGCAGUUUUUACACCUCCUCAUGUUCAGGAAGACUUGUUUCCCGUUAACGUAGUAGCGAAGAGCAAGAAGAGGAAGAGUGAGGAAUUUCUGAAAACUGAUGGGAAGAGUGAAGAUGACAGGAAAACCAAGCAGGUAAAAAGGAGCAAGGUAGUUCCUGGGAAAACCGAGCCCUCCCGAUCAGUCCACGAGAGGAGAGGUGCAUCACAAAGGCAGAGAACAUCAGGCUCAGUUCGCUCAGUGACCGCAUCAUCUCUAAGGACUAUGAAGUCUGCAGUUCCCGCCCAGGCUAAGCUACCACACUCCAAAGCAGUCUCACAAGGUGCUCCAUCUCGAAAGGCACCUGGUGCUCCCUCUAUGAAGACAGCAAAAGUAAUCGCUGUGGCACAGUCGAAGCUGAGCUUUAUUAAGCCUGCACAAACAGCUCUACCCAGACACCCGAUGCCGUUUGCUGCCAAGAACAUGUUUUACGACGAGAGGUGGAUAGAGAAGCAGGAGAGGGGUUUCACAUGGUGGAUCAACUACGUCCUCACCCCAGAUGACUUUAAGGUCAACACCGAAGUCGCCAAAGUAAAUGCUGUGUCCCUUGCUAUGGGCGGUGACGACAAGUAUAGUGUGCCCAAAGCUCCCACCAAAGAGGAGAUGUCCUUCAGCACUUACACAGCCAGACGCAAGCUAAAUCGCCUCCGUCGCUCCGCCUGUCAGCUGUUCACAUCUGACGCCAUGGUCAAGGCCAUUCAGAGGCUCGAAUUGGAGGUGGAGGCCCGGCGGCUGCUUGUCAGGAAGGACCGCCACCUUUGGAAGGACAUAGGUGAACGUAAAAAAGUCCUCAACUGGCUCCUCUCGUACAACCCUCUGUGGUUACGGAUCGGACUUGAGACGAUCUACGGAGAGCUGAUCUCACUGGAAAGCAACAGUGACACCUUGGGCCUGGCUGUGUUCAUCCUCCAGCGACUGCUGUGGAACCCGGACAUUGCUGCAGAGUUCAGACACCCCCGAGUGCCCCACCUUUACAAAGAUGGCCACGAGGAGGCGCUGUCCCGCUUCACUUUGAAGAAGCUGCUGCUGCUCGUGUGUUUCCUGGACAAAGCCAAAGAGUCCCGGCUCAUUGAACACGACCCCUGUCUGUUCUGUGUUGAUGCUGAGUUCAAGGCAAGUAAAGACCUGCUGCUGGCCUUCUCAAGGGACUUCCUGAGCGGAGAGGGGAUCCUCCCGCGGCACCUCAGCUACCUCGGGUUACCCGUCUCCCACGUUCAGACGCCCCUGGACGAGUUCGACUUCGCUGUGAAGAAUUUGGCAGUUGACUUAAAAUGUGGCGUUCGUCUAGUGAGAGUGAUGGAGCUCCUUGUCCAGGACUGGAGUUUAUCUGUGAAGCUCCGCCUCCCGGCCAUCAGCCGCCUGCAGAAGGUCCACAACGUCGAUGUCGCUCUACAAGUUCUCAAAAGCAAAGGGAUCGACCUGAAGGACGAACGUGGCUCAACCAUUGAUUCAAGAGACAUUGUGGAUGGACACAGAGAAAAGACGCUGAGCCUGCUGUGGAAAAUCAUCUUUGCAUUUCAUGUGGAGGUGAUUCUGAAUGAGGAUCAGCUCAAGGAGGAGAUUGGCUUUCUGAAGAAAUUUAAAGAGCUACUGAAGAACGAGAAAAGCAACUUCAAACUGGUCAACAGUGCGGUGUCUUUUCUGGGCAGUGUGCCCGCCAUGAUCAACCCGGCCGACAUGUCCAACACUAUCCCCAAUGAGAAGGUGGUGAUGUCGUACUUGUCCUUCCUGUGCGCUCGCCUGUUGGACCUGCGGGACGAAACCAGAGCUGCGCGGGUCAUACAGGGAGCCUGGAGGAAAUACAAGCUCAAGAAAGAUUUGGAACUCUACAAGGAAAGAAACAUGGCUGCCAUGAAAAUCCAAGUAUUUGUGAGGAAUUUUCUUCAGAGGCGCAGAGCUAAGAGGCAGAACCAGGCUGCUGUCGUCAUCCAGACCUCAUGGAGAGGUUAUGCAGCCCACAAAAAGCUGCGACUUAGAAAACAGGCUCAACUUCGGGCUAUGCAGCAUGAAGCAGCAACCGUCAUCCAGGCUCAGUGGAGGAUGUUUUCAACUAUGAGGGCUUACCAGUGCCUCAGAUAUCAUACCAUUGUUGUCCAAGCACAAUGGCGAAUGAGGAGGGCGGCCUCCGCUUAUGGGAAAAUCUACUGGGCGACGACAGUCAUUCAGAAGUACUCACGAGCAUGGGCCAUUUCAAAAAGAGACAGAGCACAUCAUCUCUUACUUAGGAGCGCUGUGGUAAAAAUACAAAGAGGCUAUAGAAGAUGGAAAGCUCAGAAAAUACAAAAGGAAAACUGUGCGGUCAGAGUGAUACAAGCUGCUUUUAAGAAAUGGUACGGAAGAAAAAUGUCCCAAAGAACUGCCGCUGCUGUGAGAAUCCAGUCCUGGUACAGGAUGCAAAAGUGUCUCAAUCAGUACAGAAAGAUCAAGGGAAGUGCUUUCCUCAUUCAGGCUCAGUACAGAGGCCUUGCACAGAGGCGCCGUUUUCUCACAUUAAAACUGCAGCACCACUCAGCUGUUGUCAUCCAGAGUGCCUUCAGAGGGCACGCUGUCAGAAAAGAAGUGUCGGAAAUGAGGUGUGCUGCAGUCGUAAUCCAGCGCUGGUGCAGAGCUUCCAUGACAAGAGACGCGGAGAGGAAAAAGUUUGUCAGGAUGAAACGCGCGGCUGUUACCAUACAGGCAGCGUAUCGUGGGAAAGUGGCUCGAGACUCUCUGAAAAAACAGGACAGGGCAGCAGCUGUGAUCCAGGCAGCUUUUAGGAAGCACGCUGCCCGUAGGCGCUACCUGAUCUUGAAAAGAGCUGCAGUUCUAAUACAGCAAAAGUACAGAGCAACACUUUUGAGUCGCAAGACAAAGAAUGAAUAUAACUCUCUGAGGGCCGCUGUGCUCACUGUGCAAGCUAACUGGAGAGGCAGAGUGGACAGGAAGAGGAUAGAAAAGUGGCAUCAGUGUGCAUCUUUUAUACAGGCUUGUUAUCGUCGGCACAAAGUGCAAGCAGAGUACAGAGCCAAGAGGGCAGCAGCUGUGGUUCUACAGAGCCAUUACAGAGCGUAUUUGGCUGGAAGGCAGAUGAGGAGAGGAUACCUAGAAAAGAAAGCGGCAUCCAUUACUCUCCAAGCUGCAUUCAGAGGGAUGAGAGUUAGGGCAGAGUUGAAGAAAAAGCACCAGGCAGCGACUGUCAUUCAGGCUUUAGCCAGGAUGUUUUUAUGUAGGAAACGUUAUCUUCUGCUUCACAGUGCAGCGAUUGUCAUCCAGAGCCGAUACAGAGCUCUUUUGCUGUGCAGGGUGCAGCUAAAUGAAUUCAGAAAACUUAAGCAGGCGACUGUUAAGAUACAAGCUGUGUUUCGGGGAUUUCGAGAAAGGCGGGACUUGAAGAGGCAACAUAAAGCAUCCAGAGCAAUCCAAGCUCACUUCAGGAUGCACAGAAUGCGUGUGGCUUACCUUGCCCUUAAGUGUGCCUCCAUCAUUAUUCAGGAAAGGUACAGGGCCAAACGGCUCAUGGUUCAACAGAUGCAGAGUUACAGAACAAUGAAACAUGCAGUCAUAGUAAUCCAAGCAGCAUACCGUGGCCACAAGGCCAGGAGAAAGAUUGCAAACAUGCACCAAGCUGCUUCAGUCAUUCAGAGAAAGUUUCUGGCCAUCCGGGAUAGAAAAAACUUCCUGGCUGUCAGAGUGGCAGUUUUGGCCUGUCAGCAGAGGUACAGAGCAGUAACCCUGGCAAGAAAAGCACGGCUGGACUAUCUCUCAAAGAGAAGGGCAGUAGUUUGUUUACAAGCAGCUUACAGAGGAUAUGUAGUUCGAAAGCGGCUGUGUAUUGAGCACAUGGCAGCUGUAACAAUUCAGUCUCAGUAUAGAAUGUACCAGCAGAAAAACAACUACAAGAGACUCUGCUGGGCAGCCACUGUAUUGCAAACACGUUACAGAGCUAACAAAAAGAUGAGAGCAGAGGUGCAUGCCCUGAGUGUUAAGAAAAAUGCAGCUGUUGUCUUACAAGCUGCCUUCCGUGGAAUGAAAUUAAGACAGAUGAUCAAACAAAAGCAUCAAGCUGCCAGUGUUAUCCAGAGAGCUUACAGAGCUCACUGCGAACACAGGGAGUAUCUCACUCUGAAAUCCUCUGUCCUGACUCUUCAGAGAAGAUAUCGAGCCUCUGUAGCAGCAAAGAAACAGUUGCAAACAUAUCAGAAACUGCACAGAGCUGCUGUUGUUCUUCAGGCAGCGUACAGAGGGCAGCAGGUCAGACAGGAAGUUGCUCAUUGGCAUCAAGCUGCUACUGUGAUCCAGUCUGCCUUCAGAAAACACAGAGAAGUCGUCAAAUUCCAGGCCAUGCGUCUAUCUGCCAUCAUCAUCCAGAGACGUUAUCAGGCUCAUGUUCUUCAGAGGCAAGAAAGGGAAAACUUCCUAAGAAUGAGACAUUCUGCUGUGGUCCUACAAGCAGCUUUCAGAGGUCAUCCUGUCAGGUCUGACAUUGCCAAGAUGCACAGAGCAGCUACUGUCAUUCAAGCAAACUUCAGGAGAUAUAAACUUCAAUCAGAGUUCAGGCGACAACGCUGGGCAACCUGUGUCUUACAGCAGAGGUUCAGAGCUCAAAGAACCAGAAACCUUGUGGUGAAACAUUAUCAAGAGGUUAGAAAAGCUGCCAUCAUUCUACAGGCUGCAUAUCGUGGAAUGAAAUCCAGACAGAUGAUCAAACAAAAGCAUCAAGCUGCCAGUGUUAUCCAGAGAACUUACAGAGCUCACUGCGAACACAGGGAGUAUCUCACUCUGAAAUCCUCUGUCCUGACUGUUCAGAGAAGAUAUCGAGCCUCUGUAGCAGCAAAGAAACAGUUGCAAACAUAUCAGAAACUGCGCAGAGCUGCUGUUGUUCUUCAAGAAGUCGUCAAAUUCCAGGCCAUGCGUCUAUCUGCCAUCAUCAUCCAGAGACGUUAUCGGGCUCGUGUUCUUCAGAGGCAAGAAAGGGAAAACUUCCUAAGAAUGAGACAUUCUGCUGUGGUCCUACAAGCAGCUUUCAGAGGUCAUCCUGUCAGGUCUGACAUUGCCAAGAUGCACAGAGCAGCUACUGUCAUUCAAGCAAACUUCAGGAGAUAUAAACUUCAAUCAGAGUUCAGGCGACAACGCUGGGCAACCUGUGUCUUACAGCAGAGGUUCAGAGCUCAAAGAACCAGAAACCUUGUGGUGAAACAUUAUCAAGAGGUUAGAAAAGCUGCCAUCAUUCUACAGGCUGCAUAUCGUGGAAUGAAAUCCAGACAGAUGAUCAAACAAAAGCAUCAAGCUGCCAGUGUUAUCCAGAGAACUUACAGAGCUCACUGCGAACACAGGGAGUAUCUCACUCUGAAAUCCUCUGUCCUGACUCUUCAGAGAAGAUAUCGAGCCUCUGUAGCAGCAAAGAAACAGUUGCAAACAUAUCAGAAACUGCACAGAGCUGCUGUUGUUCUUCAGGCAGCGUACAGAGGGCAGCAGGUCAGACAGGAAGUUGCUCAUUGGCAUCAAGCUGCUACUGUGAUCCAGUCUGCCUUCAGAAAACACAGAGAAGUCGUCAAAUUCCAGGCCAUGCGUCUAUCUGCCAUCAUCAUCCAGAGACGUUAUCAGACUCGUGUUCUUCAGAGGCAAGAAAGAGCAAAGUUUUUGAAGUUGAAACAAUCCGCCAUAGUUCUCCAGGCAGCAUUGAGAGGCUGGCGCGUCAGGAGGGAUGUUAGCCUACAAAAUCAUGCUGCUGUUGUAAUCCAGUCAUGCUGGAAAUGUUUGGUGGAACGACGUAUCUUCCAAAGAAAGAAAGAUGCAGCUGUGAAACUUCAGCGGAGGAUUCGAGCAGUGCAGCUCGGCAGGCAGGAGAGAAUCAAAUACAUCCAAGUGAGGCAAGCUGCCAUCACACUUCAGAAACACUGGCAAGCCUGGAUUGCAAGACAGCAGGUACUAAAGGCUGCUCGUGCAGAGAGGAGGCUACGUUUUACGUCGGCCAUAUUUCACCAUCUCAGUGCCAUAAAGAUCCAACGAGCACUCAGAGCUCACUGGGCUUUGGAGUCCGCUAAAAGACAGAUCCAUUCUGUUAUCACCAUACAGCGACUGGUGAGAGCGAGGCAACAGAGAAGACGCUAUCUGGAGUACAAGCUGAAGGUGGCUACAGCUCAGAGAGCAGUCAGGCACUGGCUAGCUCGUCGCCACAAGGCUGCGACUGUCAUCCAGCAGGCUGUCUGGAAAUUCCUCCUCCUCAGGCGUCAGAAGAGGGUUCAGCAGGGUAUUCUCAAGGCCCAGGCUUUGUGGAGAGGACACUGCUCCCGCAGAUUGAAUGACAAUCCCAAGAUUGUAAAGCUGAGGCACCGCUUACGUGUGGUCACUGCCAGUGUCCGAGAGGAAGACAAACUGUGCAAUAAAACUUCAUCUGCACUGGACUACCUUCUUCGUUAUAAACACUUCUCGUACAUUCUGGAGGCCUUGAAAAAUCUUGAAACCGCCACCAGGCUGUCCCCAGAGUGCUGCGAGCGGCUUGUGGAGAGCGGAGCCACUAACGUCAUCUUCACACUAAUCCGUUGCUGUAACAGGAGCGUCCCCUGCAUGGACGUCAUCACCUUCUCCAUUCAGAUACUUCUCAACCUUUCCAAGUACCACAAGACCAUUGAGGCGGUGUAUUCAGUGGAAAACUCUGUGGAGACGCUGCUGGACCUGCUGCAGAGAUACCGGGAGAAGGCAGGGGAUAAAGUGGCAGAAAAGGGUGGAAGCAUCUUCACUAAGGCCUGUUUCCUUCUUGCGCUCCUGCUGCAGGACAAGCAACGCACUGAGGAGGUCAAAAAGCUACCCAAGGUCUUGGAUAGGAUCCACAGUAUUUACCGCCUCACUGCUCGCAAACACAAGAUGGACACAGAAAGAACAAUCAUCAAGCAGAAGAUGAGCGCGUCGAUCAACGGGAGCUUCUUCGUUCCAGUGACGCCUCGUAAAUCCCGCGCUGCACCAAAGUUUGCACCAGAUUGGGUUCUGAGGCGAGAUAAGCUCAAAGACAUUGUAGACCCCCUCAGGGCCAUUCAGAUGGUGGCAAACACACUGUCCAUUGUGCUGUAAAUAAACAUGCUCAUAUAUAUAUA